UUAUUCCCUUUUAUCAACAUUUGCUUUUGCUACAGUUAUCUAUCAUCGAUGCAUACCCAAUCUAUGCCGAUGCAUGAUUGGGCAUCAGUUUCGUCGAAGCAACGUCCAGAGGCACAAGUGGUUCAAUAUUUGGUGACCCUUGGCUUGGUGUAGAAGUGUCCACUCUUCCAUAAUGUCUCAGCUGCCCGUAUUCAAUCCGCCAUCCCCGUUCCUGGCCCAUAUGCCAGCUGGGCUUGGAAUCUAUCGGAAAAUUACGAUUCGCGGUAAAAUGACUCAUGACCAAUUCAAUAUUAACCUGCAAACCGGUCCCAAUACCAAUCCCCGUGACGAUACGGCACUGCACAUCAGCAUUCGACCGCGGGACGGUGUGAUCAUACGCAACUCCGUCCAGUUCCGUAGCUGGGGUAUCGAGGAACGCUUUGGCGGUUGUCCGGUACAGAAGAAAUCGUACUUCGACGUUACCAUUACGGUGAAACCGGACAGCUUUGGCAUUGCAGUGAACGGUGCACAUUACUGUGACUUUAACCAUCGUUUACCGUACGCAUCGAUUCGCUUCAUUCACAUCGGUGAAGGUGCUAAGGUCGAUGCGAUCACGUCGGAAUAGAGACCGAUCACAAAGCCAGUUCCCAAACCAAAACAUAGCGUUUAAGAUCAUCCUGCUGCUAAAUAAACCAUGUCACUCCAACCUCUUACUACAAA